AUGGACAUCAUCAUCGCUUCAUUCGAUUCGAUAUCGGAAGUCAACAUGGACUACACGAUCACAAUGUACUUGCACCAAUACUGGACAGAUGAGCGCCUUUCAUGGGGUACUUCAGGGCCGAUCGAAGAGAUGACUCUGAGUGGAGAGUUCUCCCAGAAUAUUUGGGUACCGGACACAUUCCUGGCCAACGACAAGCAGUCAUUCCUUCAUGAAGUCACCGAACGCAACAAAAUGCUGCGGAUCAGUGGCGAUGGCAAGAUCGCCUACGGUAUGAGGCUGACGUCAACGCUUAGCUGUUCGAUGAACCUACGCAAUUUCCCACUAGAUUCGCAAAAUUGUACGGUAGAAAUCGAGUCAUGUGAGUGA